CUCAGUAACGCGUAUCCUUACAGGUGUGCCGGGGCAUUCAUUUGCGAGCAAGAAGGAUUGCGCGUGACGUUUGCCGUCGCAGAGAGAGAAAUACGCGUCUACAUCGGAGUGGGUGCUCUGCACCUCACACACUGACAGCCGUGCAACUGGGGCAUGCAUUCACUUAACACAGCGGACCAACAAGCUGCUGUUGUCUGUAGCAGGUUCACGGGAAUAAAACGACGCCUUGGGUUUUGUGUAACAAAACAAAUGGAUUGCCGAGGCUGCGGGAGGUGGGCUUGGAGGAAGAUUUCAGGAUAAGGAUUCAUGCAAAUAGCAGAGAAAAAAAAAGGCAGGUGCGUUUCGAGAUUUUCACAUCGUCUUUUCUCCCCCCUCCUCUGGUAAUCUGAUUUUCGUCCGGAGCCUGUGAAAUGCAGCCUCUACCUGGCAGAUGUGUGGCACCACAACUGCAGCCUACAGAGAGUGCCUCUUGUCUACCUGCAGCAGAUCUGCUGUGGUUGGCUGUGGAGGACUGAGACUCCUACAGCUGCAAACUCAUCAUCAUCAACAACAUCUGCCACUUCAAACGUGACGAGAGGCGAGAGGACAGAGGCUGCUGCUUUUAAGGCUGAUCAAAGUGGCAGCAGUCAGAAAGUACCUGUGGACGAUGACUCCAGCAGAGCUGUUUGCUUGAAAGCAGCAUGAGAUAAUUGAGGACUCCCAUAGCUACUAAUUGCUGAUUCAAGUUUUUUUUUUCUUUUUUUUUUUUCCUCCCGUUUGGCGCUGAUGAAAAUGUUCCAGUGUGUCAGCUGACUGACAGGAUCACAGUGGUGUUCUAGCGGCGGACACAGCCGGGGCAGCAGAGGCGCAAACAGCCACAAAGGAGAUGGCUCGUCCGGGCUCCGGGUUGCUGGUGCCCGUCAACGGGCUGGGGUACCCGCCGCAGAACCUGGCCCGGGUGGUGGUCUGGGAGUGGCUGAACGAACACGGGCGCUGGAGGCCGUACAGCGCGGCGGUUUCCCAUCACAUCGAAAACGUGCUGAAGGGGGAUGCCAGAGGAAGUGUCGUUCUGGGACAGGUGGAUGCUCAGCUCUCUCCUUACAUCAUCGACCUGCAGUCCAUGCACCAGUUUCGACAAGACACGGGCACGAUGAGACCAGUUCAGAGGAACUUCUAUGAGCCGUCGUCGGCCCCGGGGAAAGGUGUGGUGUGGGAGUGGGAGAACGACAACGGCUCGUGGACGCCGUAUGACAUGGAGAUCUGCGUGACCAUCCAGAACGCCUACGAGAAGCAGCACCCCUGGCUGGAUCUGACCUCUCUGGGCUUCUGCUACCUCAUCGACUUCAACAGCAUGUCGCAGACCAACAGGCAGAGCCAGCGCAAGCGACGCCUGCGGAGACGCAUGGACCUGGCCUAUCCGCUCAUCAUGGGCUCCAUCCCGAAGUCCCAGUCCUGGCCGGUGGGAGCCAGCUCUGGCCAGCCGUGCUCCUGCCAGCAGUGCAUCCUAGUCAACAGUACGAGAGCUGCUUCUAAUGCUAUUCUGGCCUCUCAGCGGCGUAAGCUCUACGGAGGGACAACGGGCAACACAGGUACCACAGGAACCCUCUCUGUGGUACGGCAGAGUAACACCUUCGCCGGGACUUCCCUCUGGUCUCCAACAUCCAGCUCCUCCGGUACCAACAACAAUAACAUAAGUGUGGGAGGUGGACAAGCCAAAGCCGAACAGGUGCAGUUGCCGCUGUCCACUGCCAACUUUGCCUGUUCCCCCGUGAUGCCGUCCCUUUCAUCCACCCAUGGCCACCACGCUCUCACCAUCAACGGUCAGAACAACCUGAACCGGCCGGGCACCCAGCGCAUAUCGAUGGGGACCGCCAGGGGAGCCAUCCCACCAGGCGUUCCUGCUCUCCCAGUUAAGAACCUGACUGGUUCUGGACCAGUGCAUCCAGCGCUAGCAGGUAUGACAGGUAUCCUGAUGUGCGCUGCAGGUCUGCCGGUUUGCCUGACUCGUGCCCCGAAGCCUAUUCUGCACCCACCGCCCAUCAACAAGAGCGACAUGAAGCCUGUGCCAGGGAUCAAUGGCAUGCGACGCAAAACCAAGAAAAAGCACCUAAGGAGAGGGAAAAACCCAGAGGAUGUGGUGCGAAGAUACACAGAGAAGAUUAAAGUGAUGCCGGACGAGGACUGUACCAUCUGCAUGGAGAGGCUGGUCAUGUCAUCAGGCUAUGAAGGCGUCCUGCAGCACAAAGGCAUCAAGCCAGAGCUGGUGGGCAAACUUGGCAAGUGUGGGCACAUGUACCAUCUGUUGUGCCUCGUGGCCAUGUACAACAAUGGCAAUAAGGAUGGCAGCCUUCAAUGUCCAACAUGCAAAACCAUCUAUGGGGAGAAAACGGGCACUCAGCCCCCUGGGAAGAUGGAGUACCACGUCAUCCCCCACUGCCUGCCCGGCUACCCCGACUCCAAGACCAUCCGCAUUGUCUAUGACAUUCCUGCUGGGAUCCAGACCAAUGAGCACCCCAACCCUGGGAAGAAGUUCAGUGCAAGAGGGUUCCCUCGACACUGCUACCUCCCCGACAACGAGAAAGGCAGAAAGGUCCUGAAGCUGCUGAUCACAGCCUGGGACCGCCGGCUCAUCUUCACCAUUGGCACGUCUAGCACCACAGGCGAGUCGGACACGGUGGUGUGGAAUGAGAUUCACCACAAGACAGAAUUUGGCUCCAACCUGACAGGCCAUGGCUACCCUGACCCCAACUACUUGGACAACGUCCUGACAGAGCUGUCGGCCCAGGGCGUCGGCGAGGAUAACCUGAAGGACUGAUGGGCUGCUGAGACCGUACCCAACCCACCUUGCCCCGCCGUCUCCCAGAGAACAGGGACACCAUAUGAUAGACCAACAUGCAGCUGACAACACUUUACUCCCCACAUGCGAGCAUAUCCUGCAGAAGUGUUGGCACGAGAGCAGUGGAAGCUAAAAUAAAUGACAUGGUUAUAAUCAAUUUUUUGGUUUGUAUAACCUGGAUUUGCCCCCCCGCUGUCUCUUGAUCCAUGCCUAGAGCAUACCGUGUCUGUGACAAAGUCUCUCUAAGGGUUAAGGAUGAAAAGAGAGUUUCGUCAUGUUGUCGGUUUCCCCUUUUAGAUUUGAACUGAUGAUGUUCCUCUGAGGAAAAAGCAAAGGGCCAAAACUAUACACAGGCAUAUAUAUAAAUGCUGAACUCCCGAAUGCAUGGCCCAGACUAACGCUGCAUAAUGAAUGCUGAGCAUAGAUCUGCAAUAGGUUGAGGUGCCAGUGGAUCAGUUGCUGCUUGAUAUUGUGAAGAUACUUUUAAGAGAAUUUCCGCUUUACAAACGAGUCAAAAUGAUUUGAUCCAUUAAUUAUGUACCACCACCACCACCACCCCACCCCACCCCCCUUUUAUAAUUAAUUACUGACUUAUAGAGUGGUGAAGCUUGUUUUUUAAAGGAAGGCUCUGCUAAAGUGAUUUUAGAUUGAGUGUAUUUGACAUUUUCCAAAUCAGAUAUGACAGGUCAGUCGUUCUGUGAAACGGAAGUGUGUUCUGUGCUGCAUGACGUAGAUUCCAGAGAGCUACGGGCUAGGAAAUAUUGGUGUCUGGUAAUAAAUGUAUGUUGUUUGGUGGACCUUGUGGGUUGUCCAUGAGAGGAGACAUGAGAUAAAACAAGCCUCUGACCAGUCAGUUUACCGCCUGUUAUGAGCAGUUGUAACUUGAAAGUCUGAGGUUGUGAAGCGGGAUUUGUGCUUUUGCUCCAAGGUUACUCUCAUUUGUUUUGUUGACACCCUGAUGACGCUGACCUCUGUGAAUUUAAAGCCUGCAUUAUUAUUCUCCCUGUUGGAGCAAACCCAGCAGUUGGCACGAUCCAUCAUGCUGACCAUACAUGAGUGUGCGAUUGUGUGCUCCAAGGCAUUAAUAUGCCUGGUUUUAAGUCCUUCCGGAGAAAAGCUGAAUACACGGAUGGAUGUUUCUCUUUCAACCAAUCGCACUUUUCUCUUGGACAUGAAUCUUGGGCAGCGUUCCUACUCGCCUGCCAUCCACAAGUCUCUUGUGAGCCCGCUGGGAAGCAGUGUACUGGGAUCAACUGCUUGUACAGCGAGCAGUGAAGCAUCUCAUUCCCUGUGUGAGCUUACUCACACACAGUUGUUAGGGCCAAUCUUGAUGUAUGGCUUUUCCCCCACUCCUCCCCCCCGCUGUAAAGCACGUCAUUUGAGGAACCAUGCAAAUGUUGGUUUAGUACGUCUUUGGGUAGGAGCGAUUUUUUUCCUACGCUGUCCUCUUUGUCCCCCAGAUUCCAUGCCCUCGAGCAUUUUGAAGGUCCUCAGUAGAUAUCAUGUGAUGUUUCUUCAGUCUGAGAUUAAAGAUAACCCAGUGCUGCAUAAUUCUCCAACUGUGUAUCUGAUCAAUGGUAAUGCAGGGGGUCCUUGGUGUAAGGUUUAUUGUGGGGGCACCCAGCUGUGGGCUUAAUUUAGGAGUGAAUCAUAGUCUUCCAUUGCACUUUGAGGCAACAUUUUUGUUCAAUCAGUCAUUUACUUUUUAGGAAAAUGUUUUAAAUUGCAACUGAUUCUGUCUUUUUUAAGUUGUUGUUUCUAAACUGGCUUGCAAUGCUUUAAAAAUACAGAAAAUAUAUACAUUUGCAGAUGUGAUAUACCUUUAAAUUCAAGCUCAGUUUGAGUCAAUGGUGUAAGUUUAAUUUAUUUUUAUACUCUUCUAUAUAGAAAAUAUAAAGACUGUCCCACAUAUCUAUACACAGGCACAUAUUAACAUGAAUACACAAAAUCUGGCAAAUAUUUGUCAGUAUGUCAGGGACUGAAACAUGUAUGACUUGUUAUGGACGUCUUAUAUUACAAGUAGUCUUAGCAUAUGCUGCUGUUGUUAUUCCUAAUGUAGAAUCUGUGUAGUUGAUUGACAGUGGGACACCAAUAAAUACAGUAAAUGUGUCUUUAAUAUUGCUGGGGGAGCUUUAGCAGCAUGAAGAUGGUCAGUCCCCCCAAAUGGACCAUUUCUCUUUUGCUACUUGUCCAGAAAAUGUGAAUGGAGACAGUCGGCAUAUUUCGUUAAGUCUGAAGGUGAAAAUACCCUGGGUUAAAUAUCAAAUAUUCUUAAUAGUUUGUUUUGGCUAACUGAACCAACAGAUGAGUGGGUUAUUAGUUGUCAGCUGGAAGUGUAACAAAUAGACUCCCUUAAAGAAUAUUUUUGUUCACUGCAGCGAUGCAUCAACAGUAGCCACCACGUUGAUACAGGGAAUCUGUGCCUCCCAAUUCAUUUUUAAUGUUUAAUAGUUUUCAUACCAUAAUAUUUUAUCUUUUGUAGACAGAAACAGUCAUUUUCGUAUAACGCAAUGUUUAAUGGAUACUUGUAUUAGAUUUUUGGGUCUUGUGCUUUUCUGUCAUUGCAGAUUUUACCAUUACCCAACAGUAGUCCAUUUUUUAAAUAGUAGUUAUAAGUUAGCCAUAAGCUAGCUCCUUAAUGUUGGAUUUUUUUUUUGAGGGCUGUUUAUGUAGUCAUGAAAGUUUUACUUAAAGGAUGUCUUUAAAUGCUUUGGUUACCUAAUGAACACUUUAAAAUAGCGAUGCAUCAAAUGGCAAUGUUGAAAUGAAAAAGUCAAACCCUGAAUCUGCAGCUAUCCUUUAGCUUUACAGCAAGUUUCAGGUCAUUGUUUCACUCUCUCCGUAACCUUUUCGAUUAACACUUACACACAAGACUUGUUGAAAGAGUUACUAGAGUAUGGAUGCCCACAUGUAGACAUACCGGUGUCUUUUGUAGCCAUGGUAAGCUCUGUAAGACCACUGUGUACGAAACUGUAUAUGCAGCGUUAGCCCUAGCUAGAGAACAUGGCGGUGCAUUUAGCAACUAGAGACCAAGAUAUAUCUACAUGAGUUUAUAUCACAAAAAACAGAUGACAGAAAGUAAAUAUUGGACUUAUACUGUCCAGGUGUACAGAAUGCGAGUCCCAACCAUAACUGUUGGGACACGUCUCGUUGAAUUGAAUGAGAGGGUGUGCCCAAACCUUUGACUGGUAGUGUAUAUCAAUUUAAAGUGAGCUGUUACAACUUGUUUCCACUACGUCCAAGACCAAAUGAUGUUCAUGUUUUCAGGGGCUAUUUUUUACUGUUUGUCUUUUUUAGUCCAUGGUAUUGCAUCUUAAAUUCCGAUUUUCUGGUUUCAACACAAGCUAAAACAAACUACUAAAAAUAUUUCAAAGUGUGAUUUUGACCCAGGUGUUAAAAACAGUCACUUUUUGGCUUUCACAUUUCACAUUUUCUCCUUCACAUAUUAUUGACACCCUUUAUAAACUGGGACAGCAAGAGAGAAUGCUUCCAAACUAUCAGGGAAUUUUUUUCCAUGUUGAGCAAAGUGUCAUCAACUAGAGAAAUCCAAAUGUUUGCUUCUUGGACUUUUCCUUUCCUUGCGUCGGUCGUGUAGUGUGAGCGAUGCAGGCCUUUUCGACUUUUCAGGUGUGUACAGACUUAUAUGGGAACGAUAAAUAAAUCAAAUAUGGUUCAGUAUUUGUCAGAUUAAAGAAGAGAGAGAUGGUUUAUAUGCAAUUUACUAUUUUUAAGAUCUAAUACAUGAUAUACGUGUAGCAAGAAGGCAGACUUUUGGUUUAAAUGACAAUGGAUGUUUCUUUAUGGGGUGCCUACCUCCAGGUUUCUAAACAAAAGGGGUUGCAAUCCGACGAUGUCCACAUGCUAUGUAUUAGAAAACAUAUAUUUUUGAUGUCUUUUUUUGAAUGAUUGUCUCUAAAAGAACUAUUACAUAACAUUGCUGUAUUACUCUUAUUAAUAUUCAUUCUGUACUUUUCCAUUUGAUUCAAUGUGGAAUAAGGGAUGGAAUAACUUGUCCUAUUGUAUGAAGUAUUUACAGUUGUACUCUCUCAUAGUGUCCACUGCAAACUGUACUUCUCUCUCUAAAUGAUACCUUAAUAUUUUGUGUGGAUAUUAUGUACGUUUGUAUCUGUUUGUUUGUGUGAAUGUGUGUGAAUGUUUGCCAAGUGGGCGUCCAGUAGACAAAGCUUAGGUUCAUGUCCUUUAAAGAUACAGUAAUGUUCUCCUAGAGGUGCAUGUUAACCAAACUGUGAGCAAGUUUCUUGACAAUGCAUAGCUUUUUGCGUAUGAAAACAUCAUAGCUUCUUUAGAAAUAUCACCCUGGUUUUCUGGUGAUUUAGCACUGUGGUUUUGCAAGUUCCUCCACUUAGUUAGAAAGAUCUUCUUUUCCUCUAUUGGCUUUGAUUUACAAAGACGGGGACGUGAUAGCGUUUGGCUGUACUCUCCUUGACCUGUUGACAUCAUGUUUAACAUCUGAAUGUUUUGCAUUUUAAGUGCCCAUUUUAAUUGACAUUUUCAAAUCAUAAUUUUGGUGAUUUGUCUCAUCUUAAGCAUUUUGCAGUUUAUAAUGGUUCACAAAGAGAUCUCUGAGUUAAACUAAAGGCAAGAUAUAGAGAGACAUUGAUUAAACUAUAAAGGGCUUCUUAAUCUAUUGGUCUUUAUUGAAUUGUGAUGACCUUGUUGCAUGUUUGUGUGUUUCUUGUGGAAAAAUAAAUGUGCCCGUGACAGGGGUAGUUUGUUUGA